CUCCCAAUCUCAGAUAGCUGCCAGGCUCUUCAUUCACUCACCCACCCACCCUCCAUGUGGCGAGGAGAAGGAGGUCUGGACCCCCUUCCUGACAGCUUCAUCUUGCAGCCACCAAUCUUUUACCCGGUAAUCCCCUAUGUCACGACAAUUUUUGGUGGCCUUCGUGCUGGGAAGAUGGUCAUGGUCCAGGGCGUGGUCCCACCUGAUGCUCAUGCCAGGUUCCAGAUCGAUUUCCAGUGUGGCUGCAGCCUGCAGCCACGGCCAGAUAUCGCCAUUCAUUUUAACCCUCGAUUCUACACCAAUAAACCCCAUGUCAUCUGCAACACCCUGAACUGUGGAAGAUGGCAGCGGGAGGCACGCUGGCCGGGGCUGGCCAUGGGCAGAGGGGACAGUUUCCUGAUCCUCUUCCUCUUUGGAAAUGAGGAUGUAAAGGUGAGCGUGAAUGGCCAACACUUCCUCCACUAUCCGUACCGGCUCCCGCUGUCUAGAGUGGACACCCUGGGCGUUUACGGCCAUAUCUUUGUGAAAGCCAUCGGAUUCCUGAACAGCAAUCCCUUUGUGGAGGGUGGAACAGAGUACCCAACUGGACACCCUUUUUUACUGAAGAGCUCCAGACUGGCAGUUCCCUGCACUUGGCCUCUUCCCCAGGGCCUGUGGCCAGGACAGGUCAUCGUGGUGCGGGGCCUCGUGUGUCCCAACCCUCAGGAAUUCACACUGAGCCUACAGGACGAUUCAGCCCAAAGACCCAUGAAGCUCGAGGUUUCCUUUAGAAAUCGCACGUUGGCCUGGAUCUCCCCAUGGGGCCGGAAGGAGCUGAUCUCAGCCCCUUUCCUCUUUCACCCACAGCGCUUCUUUGAGGUCCUGCUCCUGUGCUGGGACAAUGGCCUCAAAUUAGCCCUGAAUGGGAAUGCGGUGGGGGCUGCCAGCCUGGGGCAGCGGGCCCUAGGGCGGCUCCGGGUGCUUCGGAUCAGCGGCAGUGUGGAGCUCUACUGUGUCCAUUGCUAGAGACCACCCGGGAGCAUCCCUCGCCCUGGGUCACCCCGGGGCCCAUCCAGCGGCAGCCUGGGCCUCUGUCAGCUACCUCCUCUCUGAUUCCUGAACUUCAUGUUGGCUUUUCUCCCCAGCCUGGCUUCAGAGGUGCAGGGAUGCCUACCCUCCCUAAGGGCAGAGACUUUGGGCUGGCCCACAAUUCCCCAGGGAUGCACACCAGUCAAGAAGGUGGAGAGAACUGGCUGGCAUUUUAUAAGGUGGAAGG